AGCCUCCGCGGAGCGGCCGAGCGCGGGUCCGAGCGCCGGGGCCGCCAUGGGCUCGCUGGGGCGCUGCCUGGCCCGGAGGCUCCCGCGGGGGCAGCCGGGCCUGAGCCCCCCCGGGCCCCGCUGCUACGGCUCCGUCCCCGCGGCGCUGCAGGAGAAGACGCUGGUGGUGGCCAAGCCGGACGCGGUGCAGCGGCGGCUGCUCGGGGACAUCAUCCAGCGCUUCGAGCGCCGCGGCUUCAAACUGGUGGCCAUGAAGCUGCUCCAGGUGGACCGGAGGCUCGUGGAGCAGCACUACGAGCAGCUGCGGCAGAAGCCCUUCUACCCCGCGCUCGUCGCCUACAUGACCUCGGGGCCGGUGGUGGCCAUGGUGUGGGAGGGCUACAACGUGGUCCGGAGCACGCGGGCCAUGGUUGGGGACAGCGGCGCCGUGGGGACCAUCCGGGGCGAUCUCAGCGUGCACAUCACCAGGAACGUGGUGCACGCCAGUGACUCGGUGGAGACGGCGCAGCGGGAGAUCGGCUUCUGGUUCCAGCGGGACGAGCUGGUGGCGUGGGACAGCAGGGACCGCGACAACAUCUACGGGCUCUAGGGCCGGACCCGGCCUGGGCACCCCGCCCCAAUAAACCCCGCUGCUCCAGCCCUGACUCCGGUCUCCUCCCUCAGRUGUCCCCAGCAGGGGCUGGGGGGCUUUGGGAAACACUCGCGACAG